GUUUGAAGAGCACUCUUUCAGGACACAGGAAGGCUCCAACAAUGAUAUCAUUGAUACUGGUAGAUUGUCAGCUGAAUUUGCAUUAUUUGACAAAAUUGCUAUCAUGAGUCAUGGUGAAUUAAUCUUUUGUGGUGAAUCGGAAGAAAUGGUGACCUUUUUCAGUGACUGUGGCUACGCUUGCCCUGAAUAUUCAAAUCCAUUUGACUACUACGUGGAUCUUACAUCAGUGGAUACAAGAAGCAAAGAACGAGAACUUGAAACAUAUGGCAGAAUCCAUGUAUUAGUUGAUGCCUAUCAAAAUACAGAAAUCUGGAAAAACAUGCUGGACAAAAUUAACGAGUAUGGCACAAAGAUCCCAUCACAAGCUACACCUUUCAGAAACAAAGACUCACCGGCCACAAUCUGCAAACUUGGAAUACUGCUAAGGAGAACAGUGAGAAAUCUGUCAAGAAACAGGAUUGGUAUCAUAAUGCGCCUAUUUCAGAAUGUGUUCUUUGCAUUGUUCAUGGCAUUCUUCCUCAUGAGGCUGAGUAAUGAUGUUCUUAAGGGAGCGAUCCAGGACAGACUAGGGCUCCUUUUUCAGAGUAUCGGAGCACCUGCAUACCUGGGAGCAUUAAACGCUGUUGCCUUAUUUCCUGCUUUACGAGCAGUCAGUGAUCAAGAAAGUGAGGACGGCCUUUAUCAAAAAUGGCACAUGAUGUUAGCCUACAAGAUACAUAUUAUUCCAUUUAGCACUUUAAGUAUGUUAUUCUUUGGUGGAUUUCUGUACUGGGCUGUUGGGUUAUAUCCUGAUGUUCUCCGGUUCUUGACCUACUUUGCUGUACUGCUCAUUUUUCACUUUAUUGGUGAAUAUUUGGCUGUUGCUUUACUUGGACUUGUUCGGAACCCCAAUAUUGUGAAUAGCGUCGCAGCACUAAUAAUUGUAGCUGGCGUUCUUCUGGGAUCUGGCUUUCUAAGGACUACUGAAGAUAUGCCUACGGUCUUCCUGUGGCUAAGCUACCUUACAUUUCAGAAGUAUGGCACUGAAAUUCUGGUCAUCAAUGAGUUUUAUGGCAAGACUUUCACAUGUGGAAACUUCAAUUCAACAACCAAUAAUCCCAACUGUGCAUUUGCUCAAGGCAUCAACUUUAUUGACAAGUUAUAUCCUGGUGCACCUUCAAGAUUUACAAUAGACUUUGUUGUAUUAAGUGUAUUUGUACCAUUAAUAGUGAUCAUUGGAAUAAUUAACUUUAAAAUAAGAGACUUUAUUAUUCGAAGAUAGAAAAAAUGCUGAUAUUAAAUUCUACUGUUUUUCUAAUUUUACACACACAGACAAACACACAUGCACAUGCGCGUGUGCACACAUACACACACACACACACACACACACACACACACACACACAUCAAACAUUAAUAAGUACAGUGAUUACUGGAAUAAUUAACUUUAAAAUCUGAUACAUCCUUAUCUAUAUGUUCAGAAUACAGAAAAGUCCUGAAGUGUUGAAAUUAAACUCCGUUUACUUACGAGUGGUGAUGUAUAAUUCUGUUUGAGAUAAAUCAGAAUAUCAAAUAGUUUCAUCACACACACCUCAAAUGUUUUGC